CCAGCGAUAUUGUUAUGGAACGUACGGAUAAUACAACAAAUGUUUCUACGUUUGAAAACUUUCCACUAUCGAGGAUCACCCAGGAAAAAAAUUCAAAAAGCACAAAUGUUAUUAAUGCGAUAAAUCGACUGUUGAAUAUGUAUCAUUCCGAGGAUGGAAUCGCUGCUUAUGAACGAGUAUUAAAAACUCUUCUACUACUGUCUGAGAAUUUCGACAGUAAUACACAGCAACAGAUAAUUUCUAUGGUACCAUUGCCAAAGGGUGCUACAAGUGAAUCCAUUAAAGAUGUAAUAUAUAAAACAACAGGACUUAUUGAAGUAGCUAAUAACAUGUAUCAAAAAAGUAAUGUUGUUCCCAAAGACAAGCUUUGUACAGAAAUUGCAACAGAAAAAUCAAGGCUUCAUUUAAAUCAGAAUGUAAUGGCUGGCCUGCCUACUCAGAAUCUGAAAUUGGAUGAAAAUUUUGUACCUUCAGUACCUGAAGUCUUUAGAGGUUUCCCUCCUAACGAAAUCUCUACGAUUCACAGUCAUGUAAGAAAUGUGAAUUAUGUUUACGAUACAUUAGAUUAUAAUAUUCCGUGCAUAGAAUCUUGUAUUGACGCGAGACAAAAUUAUCUACCACAUUCUGACCAACAAGAGGGAUCCUUGAAGCAUCAGUCAAAUUUAAAAUUAAAGUGGAUUCAUACGCCUCAUCUUGUGUACAAGAAAAACAGCUACCAAAUCACAACACCCAGUUAUCAGGAGAGUUUCUUUAAUUCAAUAGAUGAUAAAUGUUUUCAAUUACCCAUUGAUAAAGUGAAUAAUUAUAAUCAAUGGAAUCUACCUACCGUAUCUCACAUGCUACAGCAGAAUCAUAAUGGUCUAAAAAAGAAAUUAUGCGAUACUAGUAAAAUUUUAAAUAUACAGGAUAAAACAGAAAUUUUAAACUUUGAUGUACCAAGUAGUGGUACAUCUCUUCCGAGCUCUGGAAUCAAUUGUUGCGAAUUUUUAUACAACAAUGGGCAAGAUUUUAAGAACUAUAACAUUAAUAUAAAUGAAAGCAAAAUUUGUAAGAUAGAAACACGGAAACGCUUUGAGCCAGAAUUGAAAAGUGAACAACAAGCAAUUCAAGAAGAUAUAUACAAAAUGGAUGUUGUAACAACGGAGGAUAAUUUUACUUUGGACAAUUUUAUCGUCGACAAGAAACUUGAAACCAGCUUGCAAAAUUUUUUGAAACGCGCAGACCAGGAAAUUUUGAUUGAGCUUCCAAUAUUCUCUCAUAUAAAGCCUCCACAUACAAUUCCUCCUGCAGCCAAAUGUAGGAAAUUCGUAACUCAGAAGAACCUAGAAAAUAAAAAUCAAUUAGAUUCUUUGAUAAACAAUGCCAAUAACUAUAAAAAUCCAAGUUUACCAAAAAGUAUGAAGAAAUUAGGUGAAAAAAAGACUACAGGAUUAUUAAGUGUUUAUCCAAAGUCUACGCAGUUGCAAGUGCUGCAGAAGAAUUUAAACAUUGCCUCUAAUGAUUUGCAAUCGGUGAAAUGCGAAAAAAAGGACAGCGUAGAGAAUUUACCAUACAAAUCUGCGGUGAAGCAAACAGAACAAAAUAAUGUGAAUAUUUUACAAAAAACUGCAUCUGUUACAGAGUUAGCUAUAUUUAAGAAACAUUACUAUGAUACGCUGUUAAAUAUUCAGAAGGCUAAAGUGGCAGUGGCAAAUUCCUUGGCAACAUCGUCUGUGGAAAGUUCCACCAAAUACGAUCCAUAUUAUUCAAGUCGUUCGUAUCAGCAGCAGCAAUUAUUACAGCAACAUGGUCAAUUAACUGUGAACCCACAGUUUGCAGCACACACUGUGGCACAAUCAGGAUUAUCAAACAUACACAACGCUUCGUACACUUGGAUGCGAUAUAACGAUUGGAGACAUCCAACAGUGAGACAAUUAAGGCUCCCUCGACAGGUGAGAUACUGA